AUGGCUGACUCGAGGAUCGAACCUCUUCGUUCCACGACUUUCCCGGACACGCUUACGGAGGGAACUGCCGGGCCCAAGGCCACGGCUGGUAUCUUGCGAAAGAUACUCGACGGCAAGAUCCAGCUGGACGACCACCCCAUGUACUGGGACCGGCGGUUCUUCGAUGAGAAAGUUAUAAACUACUUCGCGCCUGUGUUCAGCCACGUCUGCCUGUUCCCCCACGAGGAGCGCGAAGCCGUCAUGGCGGAGUGCAACCCCUUGUUCGAGCAGUUGGAGGCGAGCAUGUUGGAAAGCCCAGUCUAA